CAGAAAGCCAGAAAGUGUACUGAUUUUGAAUGACUUCAGAGUGACUGGAUCCUGGAGACGUGAGCACAUCACAAUCUAAAAUGUCUGAAACCAAUGCCGGAUCGAGGCCUCUGAAAAUAUUGUGUAUUCAUGGAUAUAGACAGAAUGCUCAAAUGUUUCGAGAGAAAUCUGGUUCCCUGAGGAAAAUGUUGAAGAAAUAUGCAGAGUUUGACUUUGUGACAGCGCCGCAUAGAGUUCCUCCAGGGAACCAGGGCAGUGCAGCCUGGGGACUACAGCAGGAGCAGCAGCAAAACGGUGAGGAAUCGCUCCCUGAGGCUGAACCAGGCACGUCAGCAACUCAGGGGGACAGCGACGAUCCAGGGGAGCGUGGAUGGUGGUUCUCCAGAGAAGACGAUUAUUUUAAGUCUGUGGACUACAGCGACAUUUCCAAGGGGUUUGAUGCCUCCGCUGAGAUGAUUGUUGCGAAGCUGGAGGAAAACAGCUAUGAUGGAAUCCUGGGCUUCAGUCAAGGAGCCUCCAUGGUGUCUAUGCUGUGUUUGAUGCAGCAGCAGAGGGGCAAGCAGUGGUUUAAGUUUGCUGUUCUCAUCGCAGGAUUCAAAAGCAGGUCUACCGCUCACGACGUUCAUUACAGCGGAAGAUCAGAAAUUCCUUCGUUACACGUGUAUGGGGAGACAGACCAAAUCAUAUCGGAGAGUAUGAGUGAGGAACUGCUGCAGUAUUUUCGUGAUCCUACGAUUCUUCGCCACCCGGGAGGCCACUUUGUUCCCGCAGCAUCUGCGCAGAAAAAGGGGUACAUGGGAUUUCUCAAUGACAUGAAAGUUUUAUGCAUUUGAUGUUGCAAUUGUCCGGUCAUAGUUUACUUAGUAAAGGGUUAUGAAAGUAUUUAAUG